AUGGAGACGGAUGUUCAGGCGGCACUCCAGUGGCUAGAUUGCCCUCGUGUUAAACGCCGUGGAACGCUUCUUAGCAGAGACGAAGAGACUGCAGAGAGGACGUCCUUUCGGAAUCCUGCUCUCUCUGCCGUCUUCUCUGGGAGUUCUUGGCUGUCUGUGCUCGUGGUCACCGUAUAUCGAGUUCCCGGGAAAGGUUUUUUCCGAGAGCAGGCAGUCAGCAAGUCCAUUUGUCUCCCGGCGUGCAACGUCAUUUCUUUCCUUGCUUCCUGCUGUAGCGGCAGACAUCCCGGGCAAUGGCAGUGCCAGGCGAAAUGCAAACCAGCGAAAGGUGCUCGUGUAGUACGUCACACUGGAACGGAACAAAUCUGCGGGUCAACACUACACGAACAGUGUGAGGAUCAGCGACACUCUCCUCAGAUAUCCCUGCUAUCCCCCAAAUCUGAAAAUAUUUCAGAUGUGGGACGGGAAAGUGCAAGGACAUACAUGUUUCCCGUGUUGCAUUCCUGUCGGCUAUCCGGCAGCAAUACGGGUUUGACGUCACCAACGGCAUCGUACGUUUCAUCCACCACACGCAGCGACCUUUUGCGCUCGAGUAGCAUGGUGCAAGAACACGUGUCUCCGCAACGGUUUCUAUCGCAAGAACUGCCGAUCCAGUCACAGGUGCAACCGUUCCUUGAUAUAAUUGCCGGUGGCGUCUCUUUGCCCGGGUAG